AGCGGUCUCCUGGUUAAAAAGUGGACGGUUGUCCAUGAGGUGAUGGUAUGCAUGAGCCGUGGUGCAGUGCAUGAAACAUCGUGUCAUUGAAAUGAUUGGUUUCCACGUGUAUUGCAUGGGCUGAUGGAACGUGGCACCAACUUGGCAUGUGGCUGCGGUUUGUAUAUGACGUGGCAAAAUGGUGCCCUGUGGGCAGGAAAUUGAGAGAAGUCACUGAAGGUGCAUGACCUCCAACCCAUACUAUUUUCUAGGGUUCUUCCCACCUAAGAAUUGUCCACAAGCACAUCAUACGGAGGCCCGUGUUCGAGACUUUAACAAAGCAUAGAUCGUGCACGGAUUCUGUGACAUGCUGAAGUAACGUAGAAAGUUUGCAAAGCUGAUAUGCAACUCUCCAAUUUUUUUUUUUUCAUUCAAUAAAGAAAGAAAAACUCUCCCACUAAAUUUGGAUCUACGACUGACAACUUAUACUUUAUGUUCUAAUCAUAAGAGAGUUUGUAUAUUACCUUCAUAGGCUUUCUGUCUAGGAUUUGUGUUAGAGAAAGGAGAUAUAGAUGAGAAAUUGUUUCCGUGGUAUCCUCGCACUGCUCUGGAUGCUUCCAUGCAUCGUGACAUCACCGUAUUAGACAGCGAAUGGCGAACCGCCGCAAAAUGAUUCCAGAUUGCAACGACAAGCCUCUUCCCACAAAACACCAAGCUUUCCUCUCUCUCGCCCUUUUUCUUUCAGAAGAAGUGAAGAAAGGCCUUACAGAAAUCUACCAUCUCAGGCUUUCAUCUCUCAUUCUCAGACUGGUGAGCAAAAUACCUUUAUAUCCAUCAGUUAAAGUUGAAGCUAUCCAUGAGUUCUCUUGAUCCUUGUGGGUGCUUUAAAUGAAUCUGCUCUCUUGUUCAUUUUGGGUGGUGAAAGUGCUUCUCUGAGGUUGGCUUGUUUUAUGCUUUCUGCAUAAACAUAGAUACAGAGGCCUCCAAAGUUUGCUUCUUUUCUUCUUCUUUUUUUUUUUUGUUGUGUGUGUGUGAAACAUAAAGAAUAUGCUACUUGAAAGACAAAAAAGCUACAUUUUUUAUUGAUAUAUCAGCUUAAAUCUGGUGAAUUUGGGUGCUUCGGAAGACUGUAUAUCCAAUAGAUGGAGAGAAUUUUGGAAGAUGAGGUCUUCCGAAUGAAUCAAAAGAUAAGGGGAGCUUCAGUUUGGCCUGGUGGGAUCAAUUCAGUAGAAGAGUUCUCUCAGAAGCAGAGAAGUGGGAAAGAACCAAGAAAACAGAAGGGGGUGUUAAAUAUAGGAACCAGAGGAAGAAACUGGGAGGAUGUUUCAGAAGCAAAGGCUAUGGUUCACUAUAAGAAGGUAAACAGGGUUGGGGUUGGUCGUGCUACUCGUAAGAUGAAGGCUCAGCCUGACUCAUUCAAUCGAAUCCAAUAUAAACUGCAAUCACUUGAAGAAGAUAUGUGGCUUCUGAAGAAGGUCUUUUUGCGGCGUGUGGAGGAGAGAGCUGUGCUAAUGAAGGAGGUAGUUCAGCAAUUCCACAGGAUAACAGAACUUUUAGGUGAUCUGAAGACUAACAGUAAGUCGCUCGGGGAUCAUUCAUUUGCUAUUCCUCACAAGAAACAGUGGCUUUGUAUAUGCAGGUGGGAAGCAAAAAAAUUGGCUUAUCAGAAGUACUGUACCAAGAUUUAGCUUCAUCUAUUGUCACUAGAGAUAUGAAGCUCAACUUGAGCACUUUCCAAGUACAAGCUUGGAAUAUAUGAAGAUCUGCAGGGAACACAUGUUAGUAAGGAACACUUUUGUAGUCAUAACUUGAUUGGUGAACAUGAGGUUUGUGUAUUUUCCUGACUUUUGGAUAAAAUUUCCAUGUACAAUUUGGUUUAUUUA